GCCUAUCCCAAUUCGACCGCCAACAUGGUGCGAAAGCUCAAGCAUCAUGAGCAGAAGCUGCUCAAGAAGGUCGACUUCAAUACAUACAAGUCCGACAAUGAUCACCGGGAAGCGGCAGUAAUGCGCCGGUAUGCCAUUCAAGGCCGCGACGACUACCGCAAGUACAACCAGCUAUGUGGCUCCAUGCGCCAACUCGCCCACCGCCUUGCCAACCUCGACCCGUCCGACCCUUUUCGACGAAAGCACGAGGAUCUGAUGUUAGAGAAGCUGUUUGAUUUGGGUGUUCUAGGCACCGGUGGUGGAGGCCGCGGCAAGCUGAGCGACGUCGAGCACAAAGUCACAGUGUCUGCCUUUGCGCGGAGAAGGUUACCAGUCAUCAUGACGCGCUUACGCAUGUCGGACCACAUCCAGGCUGCGAUAAAGCUCAUUGAGCAAGGCCAUGUUCGCGUGGGCACACAUGUCAUCACAGAUCCGGCAUAUCUCGUUACUCGAAACAUGGAGGACUUUGUUACUUGGGUCGACUCCUCCAAGAUCAAGCGCAACAUCAUGAAGUACCGCGACAAGCUGGACGAUUUCGAGCUCGAGGCGCUAUGAGGCAUUGAGUCUGUCGAAACAGACCGGCGUUCAAAGAUACCAAAGCAUUUGCAGGCGUUUUCAAUACUACACUUCACGAUUCUUCAUAUCUUC